AAGCUAACGCCAAUGCUGUCAUUGCCUCAGCCUUUUGGUUCAGGGUUAGAAUUUUGGAUCCAAGGUUUUCUUCUCUCUCUCUUUUGUAUAGUUUAUCGCUGGCCCCUGGGCCGUUUUGCUUCUUUGUGUUAAGCAUUGAAUAUCAUGGUUGGGGUUUGCGUAUGCUUUCUUGUUUCAGUCAUGGUUAUUGGUUCAGCUCUAUCAAAUUGAUCUGAAACUCCAUAUAUGGUUUCGUUCCAUGUGUUCAUCUGGGUUUUUAGAGUUGUACAGUGAAACCUAACAUUGGUUACUAAUCAAAUAGCUCACUCUGAUCUCCCAGAAAUUUCCAACAAGACUUUUGGGGAAAGGAUUGAUCUCGAUGAAGGAUCGCAUCUUUCUAUAUCUAUAUAUAUCCCAGAAAAGAGUUCGGCGUGUUCAUUGAAAGUUAUGGUUCGAAAAGAUUGUGCUGUUGCUGUUGAACCAUUUUUGAAUUUAUAAUAGAGUUUAACUGAUUGGAGGAGAAGAAAAUUCAAUAGAAUCAUGGGAUCAUCUGGGUUUUUUCUUAUAUGUAUUCCCCAUUCUGUGAUAGCACUGACUUGCGGAGCUUUAAUGAUGUUUUACUCCAAUGAAGUCUCUGUUUUUGGCCAUGGCACUGAGAUCGCACGUAAGCUUCAAGGAUCCACGCCCCAGGAUCAGUUAUUGAUUCGGACCUCAGAUUCCUUCUCGGGCUUGCUUUUAUUUACCAUUGGGUUACUUCUGUUCAUGGUAGCUUUUGUUAAGGACAGGGAAUUCCAGAGCUUCUUUGCAAAGGGGUGUGUGCUUCUUCACAUUUCCGUGGCCGUUUGGAGAGUGUACUUUGAGAGGAAGCUCGAGGAUCUCGCUCGUGAUUGGCCGAGGCAGGUUGUUGGGGAUAUUGCACUGGCGCUUUCUUGGGUGUUUUUUCUCAUGUACUCAUGGAGAGAGAAGUAUGAUUAGUUGUGCAAAAACUCUGUCGAGUUGCAAUUACCUUGUUGAAUGGAGCUGUGACUUGCUUCCUCUGCUGCUUGAUUCUUACUGCAUUAAGAGACAUAAAUGAAUGAGGUUUUAUUGGUUUUCAGUGCUCUGAAGUUGCAGGGUGUACGUUGCAGUAUGAGCAUAUUGAAAACUGAGCACAGAUUGCAUUCCGGUAAUAUGUUCCAUUCAAACUUGUUAAAUUCUAAGGAAGUGAAUGGGAUCUGGGGCUUGUAUGUUUGCUUAAGUUUCUUUGACGAUCUUACAAAUGCUUUUCCUUCUGUUUUUGCUUUGUUUAUGUAUCUGUUCCCCUGUUGGCUUUCUGUAUUGAAAAUCCUUGUAAAAUUCUCCACAUAUAUGCCAUGAUAUGCAGAAGAAUCAGGAAUGCUUAAUUCCUGUACUACUUUUA